AACUCAGAAAAUACACAUAGAAAACACAAAAUAAGCAAAAGAACAAAACCAGAUCUAUACCCUCCUUUUCUUCCCCUUCACCUUGAUCACUUUCCUCUCCCUCGCUUUCACCUACUUCUUCCUCUUCACUCUCUACUGUUGCUACAGCUGCAGCAAGGGUUGACUAAUUCCUUCUAAAAUAUCCAUCAUCCACCGACGCCGAACCCAGGCGGCCCCAGGCGUCCCCAGGAGUCGACGAAGGUGGACGUGGCCUCUUCAGACCAGCAAUCUUCACGGACAGGCAAGGGAUGGGAAUUAGGGGUGGCGGAGGAGGUAACCGAGUUUGUUGAACCGGGCAGUGACUAGGAGGCCAGAACCGCAGACACAAAGCCCUACUUCUUCUACGGCCGCCGGAAGCCGUCUCAAAAUCACCCUGUAGUCCACCUUGGUCUCUUCUCCAACCGCCAGACUCUCAAGGACCCCCAAACUCGUCCACCUGACUCUCAACCCUUCGACCUCCGUAAAUGGGAUCCACACUACCUCUCCGAAUCCCCAUCACCCCCGUCUGUUCACAUGCCUCACCAAAACCCAAAAUUUUCACCCAUCUCACGCUUCACUCUCGAUACCUUCUGGAGGAACGGGAACUCGGCCGUCAUCGCCGAGCUCAAAAAGCUCCGCCCUGUUACAUCUAUUCUCGUCGCGGAAAUGCUGCAAGUUCAAAACAACCUUGCCCUUGCUGACGGAAAGCAAUCUUCACUCUCCACUUUAUUGGAGUUUGAUUUGACGGAAAGCAAGCAUCACCGGGUGAGGACAUCAGUGUCGUUUCGGAAAGCAAGCCGAAGAAGGAAGCAGCUUUUCUAAAACCCAGAUCUGGGUUUGAGAGAGGAAGAAGAAGGGAGAAGAGAGAGAGAGAAAGAAUAAGAAGAAGAGGGAAGAAGGAUGAGCAGGGAAAGGAUAGGAGGAAAAAGAUGAAGUUUGCAAGAGAACCCAGAUCUGGGUUUGCAAA